AUCACCCAAGCUUCGAGCAACCAACACUCAAGUUCUUGUAGUUCUUGGUUCUUCCACGUCCUGUAACUCUGGGCAUCAUGCCCUUAAUCUUGUCUCUGUUCUUUUCUUUUCUCCUCCUUAUCUCCUGCAGCACUACAAUACUCGAAGCCGCACAAGCAAACAAGUCAGAGAUUGAUCGUCAGUCCCUCCUUUGUUUCAAGUCUGGCAUCAACUCUUACCCCCUUGGCAUCCUAGAGUCAUGGAGCAACGAUUCACUUGACUUUUGUAGCUGGAAAGGUGUCACUUGCGGCACAAGGUUUCCGCACCGGGUGUUCUCUGUUAACCUUGCCUCUGCACAGCUCAGUGGGCAAUUAUCUGGAUGCGUAGGCAACUUGACUUUUCUAUCCAGGAUGAACCUUGCCGAUAAUAAUCUGUUCAGAACCAUCCCAGAAGAGUUAGGCAGGCUUCCAAACCUUCAUACGCUGAAUCUUUCUGGCAACAAUCUUGAAGGUAACAUCCCUGAUUCAUUAGGCACUAGCAAUUCUCUUAGUUAUGUCAAUCUUGCAAACAACACUUUUACUGGUGGCAUCCCUCUCUCAUUGGCCAAUUGCUCCUCACUCAGCACACUUGUACUGUCACGUAACAACCUCUCUGGAGAGAUUCCUUCUACUUUGUUUGAUAACAAAUCUAAGCUUAAUAUGGUUGAUCUCCAGGUGAAUUCUUUCAUUGGUAUAAUUCCACCUUUCCAUAGAGUCAACGCUCUCAGAAUUCUUCGUGUGACAGAUAACUUGUUGUCUGGAAGCGUACCUCCUUCAAUAGGAAAUGUUUCUUCCCUCACUUCUAUAUUGCUCGGCCAAAAUAAGUUAUCAGGAAUUAUUCCAGAAACUUUGGGUCACGUUGCAAAACUGCUUGAGCUUGACCUAAGCUUCAAUAGUUUAUCAGGGAAUGUCCCGUUGUCUCUUUACAAUAUGACAUCACUCCAAAACUUUAGCGUAGGUAGCAAUGGUCUUAUUGGAAAAAUACCAUAUCACAUCGGUUACUCAUUACCAAAGCUCCAGUCCCUGAUCAUGGGAAGCAACAAUCUUGAAGGUAACAUCCCUGCUUCACUAGCCAACAUGUCAGAUCUCCAAAUACUUGAUCUUUCAGACAACUUGCUACAUGGCUCUGUUCCGUCUCUUGGUUCCCUGGCAAACUUACGUCGGUUAGUUUUGGGGACGAACUUUCUAGAAUCACAUAAUUGGUCAUUCCUUACAUCUCUAGCAAAUUGCACCCAGCUGACAAAGUUGUCCUUGGAAGGGAAUGCUCUUAAUGGAAGCCUACCUAUAACAGUUGUUAAUCUUUCAACUAGGCUAGAAGAUUUAUCGCUUGGGUCAAACCAAAUAUCAGGUUCCAUACCUGCUGAAAUUAGCAAUCUUGUUAGUCUCACUUCGCUUAGGAUGGAAAGCAAUCUCCUUUCUGGAAGCAUACCUUCUACCAUUGGGAGGCUGCAAAGGCUAUAUAUCCUAAAUCUCUCAAAGAACAAAUUAUCAGGUCAGAUCCCUCCCUCUGCUGGUAACAUUACUCAGCUGGGCAAGCUUUAUCUUGAUGAUAACAACUUCAGUGGAAACAUACCUGGCAGUUUAGGUCAGUGCAGGGGACUUCUUGAACUAAACCUGUCUACCAACAGCCUCGAUGGAUCAAUACCGGUCAAUCUUUUUGCUAGCCCUCCACUUUCCUUGGGUGUGGACUUUUCAUUCAACAAGCUCACAGGAGAAAUACCAUCAGAAGUUGGCCGUUUGGCAAAUCUUGCUCUUCUAAAUGUUUCGAACAAUCUGUUGUUCGGAGCGAUUCCUGAAGCUCUUGGAAGCUGUGCCACUCUGUUAUUCUUGCGCAUGGAGAGAAAUAAGCUUCAAGGACAAAUUCCUCAAAGUUUCGGGAAGCUGUUGUCCAUCCAGCAGAUUAAUCUAGCUCAGAACAGUUUAUCUGGUCCAGUGCCAGAAUUCUUUGGAGAUCUCACUUUCUUAGACAAGCUUGAUCUAUCAUACAACAACUUUGAAGGGCCAAUUCCCUCUGGUGGAUGCUUUCGUAACCCGAGUAUGGUAGUUUUGGAUGGCAAUAAGAUGUUAUGUGCAAGAAUCCCCAUGCUAUCACUCCCAAUUUGUGAUGACACCUCAAAGAAACAUAUCCCUUUGCUAACAGUAGUAAUUAUAAUUACACCGGUACUUGCUGGUUUCCUAUUGUUAUAUUUGGUUGUCACUAUUUGGAAAAGAUGGGCGCAGUGUGUUACAUUUCCAUGGUGCAAUAAGAUUCUCAGUGUGUUAUGCUUUGUUGCCAACCGGAAGAGAAAAGAAGUUGUUGCCCAUCAGAAGAAAAGAGAAGUGCAUGUAUGUUCUAACCACAAGGAGACACUGAAGAAAAUAUCAUAUGGUGACAUUCUGAAAGCUACCAACUGGUUUUCUUCGGUCCAUACUAUCAGCUCAACCUGUACCGGAUCUGUUUAUGUCGGUAGAUUCAAGUCCGACAGGAGCCUAGUUGCCAUCAAAGUAUUCAACUUGAAUGAGCCUGGUGGAUAUGAUAGCUACUUUAUUGAGUGUGAGGUGCUACGAAGCACCCGCCAUCGGAAUAUAAUGCGACCUGUGACUCUAUGCUCGACAUUGGACUCACAGAACCAUGAGUUCAAAGCAUUGAUCUUCAAGUUCAUGGUUAAUGGCAGCCUUGAGAAAUGGUUGCACUCUAAGCAACACAACGGAAUCCCAGGCAGAAUGCUAAGCUUUGGCCAGAGGAUAUGCAUAGCAGCAGAUGUGGCUUCUGCUCUUGAUUAUGUCCACAACCAACUGACGCCUCCUUUGAUCCAUUGUGAUUUGAAGCCACACAAUAUCCUAUUGGACGAUGACAUGACUGCACGGCUGAGUGACUUUGGCUCAGCGAAGUUUCUGUUACCUGGACUUGUUAUACGUAAAAGCCUGGUUGAUGUAGGAGGAACAAUUGGAUACAUUGCACCUGAGUACGGGAUGGGCUGCAAGAUCUCAGUAGGAGGCGAUGUGUAUAGUUUUGGAGUGCUUCUACUGGAGUUGCUUACUGGAAAACGACCAACCGAUGAUCUGUUCAUCGAUGGACUUACCCUUCGCAUGUUCUCAGAAUCCAUGUUCCCUGACAGGGUUGCAGAAGUUCUAGAUCCUCAUAUGGCGCAUGAGGAGCAUCAAGGGUGCGUAGAAGCAUGGAUGCAGAGAUACAUAGUCCCGUUGGUUGCUCUUGGGCUGUCAUGUACUGUGGAAUCUCCCAAGGAUAGGCCUGGAAUGAAAGAUGUUUGUGCUAAACUAUCUGCUAUGAGAGAUGCUUUUCUGGAACUUCAUGAUGAUUGAGGAAUAUUUCAGUUCUGUUACAGCAUGCUGAUUCGUUAUUGUUAAGAAUUUAAUUUUGUACUAUGAAAGUGCAUAUCGUACCCUAUCUUUUUUUUACAAAUGAAAGGAAAUUUCAGGACAAAUGUGGUUUACAUUGAGGCAUAGUUGGCCACGGAAAGUAACAACCAUGUUUUUAUUUCGAAUCUGUCCAAUUAGCUCUAUUUUUGGCAAUUAAUUUUUUUACUAAUAAACUCCCCCAUUUGUUGUCAAUUUUUUUGAUGGCUAAUAAUUGAAGGAUGCAUCUUGACAAUGCAUCCUGCAUCAGUAGUGAAUUUUGAAGUAAGGAAAUAUAUGCAUAUGAAAUGUAAAUUUGGGACUAGAUAAUAGCAUGACCUGUAUUCAUUUUUUGCUCUCUCAUUUUUCUUUCCAUGCAUGGAUGAGACUAUAUAUUGUUUACAGUUCUCCAUGGCCUGUAGCCAUUAUUGCUAAGAAUGGGCUAAAAUUCUGAAUAAGAUCUCAACAGAAGAUUACGAGAGGCUUGCUAGUAAACUUGGUAUGACUGUUGAUGAAAUGCUAAACGAGGCAGAUUUCUCUAAGACUGAACUAGCAUAUAAAUAUGCCUGUCAUGUACAGUGGAAUCU